AUGCCCGAGCGCGGCGCCGCUCCGAGGACCUGGGCCGGCGGCGCCGCAAGGACGAGCCCAGCGGCACCAAACCGCGGGGCCGGCGCGGAGCGAGCGGCCACCGCGGACAGCGCGGACGGGGCGGCCGGAGGCGACGGGGACGGAGCGGGGCAGGGCACGGACGGGAGAGGGAAGGACAAGGAGCCGCUCUCGGUGCUGGAGAUCCUGGAGCUGAUCCAGCGGCGGGAGCUGGUGGCGGCCGACGAGCAGAUCAUCGCUCUGGAAGCCGAGUGCGCGGCCGCAUCCCCGUCCCCCCCAUCCCCGUCCCCCCCAUCCCCGUCCCCAUCCCCCGGCCGCCAGGCUCGGGACGUGGCUCUGCUGUACCGGGCGCUGCUGGCGCAGCUCUGGGCCGUGCUGGCCGAGGCCGUGGCGGCCGCUCGCCCCUUCCCGCUGCUGCGCUCCGUUAUCCGGGUGCUGCAGCAGGAGGACGCCGCGGACCAGCGGCUGGGGCCGGGCUGCGCGGGGCGGCCGCGGCGGCUGCGGCAGCGCUGGCAGGAGGCGGCGGCGCGGGCGGCCGGGGAGCGCCUGGCGCAGGCGGCGCCGCCGGGAGCCGCGGCCGGGGCCGGGGCCGGGCUGGGAGCGGAGCUGGCGGCGCUGGCGGCGCGGCUGCUGCAGGACCUGCGCUCCGUGCGCCGACACGUGGCUCCCGCCUUCCCGCCCGCGUACGACGCCGCCGCCGUCUAUGCCCGCGGGUACCACCGGGCCCUGGCGCAGCGCGUCGGGGCCGCGGCGCAGCGGCCGCUCGGGGUCACCGAGCUCUACGUGCUGCUGGAGUGGAACAGCGGCACCUACCCCCGGGAGGUGCUGGGACACCCCGAAGUGGGGGCUUUGCUGCAGGCGCUGGGGCCCCCCCUGCCCCCCGAGACCCAGCGCAGCCUCGAGAGCAGCUGCAUCGGCGCCGUCAAGGCGAAGGUGGAGGCAGCGCUGGCCCAGGAGCUGCAGCUCAGUGAGGACACGUGGGCUGAGGAGGUCACCAGCCAGGAGCUGCAGGAGGGGCUGGCCACGCGCGUCACCGGGCUGCUGCGGGCCCACGUGGAACGAGCCCCCCAGAUCACCCCCGAGUUCGGCAGGGAGAUGGCGCAGAGUCUGCUGGGCGUGCUGGUGACCUUCCUGCAUAGCUUCCAGCGGAAGGUGGAGCGGUUCCUGGAGGCACCCAAUGACUCAUCCCCACCCGACGGUGCCACCGGCCGCGCCAUCGCCCUGGUCAACUGCUGCCCCACGUUCAGGGGCUUCGCUGAGCGCCUGGCGCAGUUCGGGCACCCCGAGAGCGAGGAGCUGCGGCGCCAGGCCCAGGGCGCCCUGGACAAGGUGACCCGGAGCUGCAACCACGUCCUCACCCAGCGCCUCUUCGAGGACCUCAAGCCCUACUUCAACAAGCUGAUGAAGCGCAAGUGGCUGACGAGCUCGGACGCCUUCGACUCCAUCGUGCUGCUCAUCACCAGCUUCGCCCAGAAGCUUCGCCCGCUCCACCCCGAGCCCUACCAGGUGCUGGUGAGCGACCUGCACCGCCGGGUGCUGCUGGAGUACGUGCGGCCGCUGCUGUCGGGGCGCGUGGUCUGCACCUCGGCCAAGGCCCGCGCCCGCGUGGCCGCUCGCCUCAGCGACGAGGCCCGGCAGCUCCGCGAGCUCUUCACCCGCCUGGACUCGGCUUCGCCGUGGCUGGACUCGGUGGUGCCGCGGCUGCGGGAGCUGCUGGUGCUGGAGGACACGGCGGCGCUGCAGAUGGAGGUCGGGGUCCUGGCGAGGGACUUCCCCGAUGUCCGGCGGGAGCACGUGGCGGCGGUGCUGGACGCGCGGGGGCUGCGGAGCCCCACGGCACGACACGAGAUCCUGGGGGUGCUGCGGGACCUGGAGCGCGGCGGGGCCGUGGCACCGGCACCGCUGUCACCGGCAUCACCAUCGCGGCACCGCGCGUUCUUUGCUGAGCUGCCGGUGCCCGGCGCCGGGCGCUGUUUGCCCUUCCAGCUCCCACGCCUCGCACCCAUGGCCCGGCUGCGCCGGCGGCGCCCGCGCCUUUGAGACAGCGCCUAUGGGUGCGCAUCGACAGUGCCCAUCACCGCUGCAUCCCCAUCCCCUCCUCAUCCCCAACUUUAUCUCCAUCUUCAUCCCAUCCCCAUCUUC